AGGAUGCUGUGUCCUUUCAAACAUUUGACCGUUGGUUACCGCCUUAAUUCCUUGUUUCAUUUCUGCUCUCAACUUUGCACUCUCCCUUCAAAAGAUCGAUUCAUCUCCACAAGUCAUCAAUAUCUCCAUCAUCUCCUACAGAUAUGCUCGUCGAUGAAUCAACUGAAACAAAUCCAUGCCCAAAUCAUAGUUCAUGGCCUCACCAAUGAAAAUCUCACUCUUGGUAAACUCAUCUCCUUUUGUGCUGUUGCUGAUACUGGCAAUUUAGGUUAUGCGCAGCUCGUGUUUGAUCGAAUACGCGAGCCCAAUAAAUAUAUGUACAAUAGUUUGAUCCGGGGCUAUGUAACUAGUGAUAACCCGGAAAAAGCUAUUUCCUUUUACCAUCAAAUGGUGGGUUCGGGUCUUUCCCCUAAUGAAUUCACUCUUCCUUUUGUUCUUAAGGCUUGUUCGAGCAAAUCGGUAUAUUGGGUAUUGGUGCUUGUUCAUGGGCAGGUUAUCAAGUUGGGGAUUGGGUCUGUAGUGUGCGUGCAGAAUGCGCUUAUUAGUUGUUACGUUGUCUGUGGAUUGAUUCAUAGUGCCCGACAGCUGUUUGAUGAUAUGCUCGAGAGGAGUCGGAUUUCGUGGAAUUCCAUUAUCGGUGGGUAUACUAGACUUGGAUGUUGCAAAGAAGCGUUUUUGUUGUUUAAGGAGAUGAGAAAAUUGGGGGUGGAACCUGAUGUGAUUACUUUAGUUAACUUACUUUCUGCUUGCUCAAAGAAUUGUGAAUUAGAUAUGGGAAGGUAUGUGCAUCUUUAUAUAGUGAUUACAGGGGUUGAAAUUGAUUUAAUAUUGAGAAAUGCUCUGUUGGAUUUGUAUGCCAAGUCUGGGCUGUUGAAUUUGGCUCAAAGGGUUUUUGAUCGUAUGGCUGAUAAAAAUGUGGUUUCAUGGACUACAUUGCUUGGUGCAUAUGCUAAAUGCGGGCUCCUUGAACUUGCUCAGCAGAUUUUCAGUCAGAUGCCUGAGAAAAAUUUAGUCUCUUGGAAUUCUAUGAUUUCAUGUUAUGUUCGAGAAGGUCAGUGUAGGGAAGCUCUGGCUCUUUUUCAAAAUAUGUGUGAUUCAGGGGUGCUGCCUGAUGAGGCUACUCUGGUUUCUGUUCUUUCUGCCUGCAGUCAAAUUGGUGAUAUGGUCAUGGGAAAGAAAACCCACAAUUACAUAUGCAGUAAUGAUAUUAUACCAAGUGUCACUCUAUAUAACUCCAUUAUAGACAUGUAUGCAAAAUGUGGUGCCUUGGAAAGUGUUGUGGAUAUAUUCAACAUGAUGCCUGAAAAGAAUUUAGUCUCCUGGAAUGUGGUUAUUGGAGCCCUUGCACUUCAUGGCCGUGGACUAGAAGCAAUCAAUGUCUUUGAAGAGAUGCUUGCACAUGGGAUCUCGCCUGAUGGCAUCACCUUCACGGGACUGCUAUCUGCGUGCAGUCAUAGUGGUCUGGUAGACCAGGGGCGCUAUUACUUUGACAAAAUGACUACUGCUUACAGGAUUCCAUGUGAAAUUGAACACUAUGCUUGCAUAGUUGAUCUGCUAGGACGUGGGGGGCUGUUAGAAGAAGCAGUCAGGUUGAUAGAAGGAAUGCCGAUGAAGCCUGAUGUGGUUGUUUGGGGUGCAUUGCUUGGUGCUUGCAGGAUGCAUGGUAAUGUAAAUAUAGCAAGACAGGUUCUAAAACAGAUUUUGGAACUGGAGCCACACAAUGCAGGGCUUUAUGUGCUUCUCUCAAAUUUAUUUUGCGAAGCACAAAGAUGGGAAGAUGUCAAAAACAUCAGGAAGCUAAUGAAUGACCGCAGAAUCAUAAAGAGUAAGGCAAUUAGCUUCACCGAAAUUGAGGGUCGUGUUAAUGAAUUUAUGGUUGCUGAUGAAAGACAUCCAAGUUGUAGCAGUGUAUACUCUACGCUGAAUCAAUUAACAGAUCAUAUGAAGCCAAUUCACUAUUUAUAUAAUUAUUCUGGUGAACUUUUUGAUUUGGAAGAGCUCUAGAAACCAUAUUUUUUAUUUCUUUUGUUGUAUCAAGAAAUUUUCUUUGAAAUAAAAGACAAACACCCCC